GUACAUCGAGGAAACUAGAGAUUACAGGUGGAGUCCUGGGUCUGACUCUUUGUGUUAUAGUUAUAGUUAUCAUUGCAAUAUAUAGAUCAAACAAAAUGAAAAAAGAGGAUCAAGCAAAGAUCAACAAAUUUUUGGAGGAUUACAAAGCUCUCAAGCCUGCAAGAUACUCUUAUGCAGAUAUCAAGAAAAUAACAAAUCAAUUUGAGGAGGAAGUAGGUCAAGGAGGUUACGGAAUAGUAUACAAGGGAAAGCUUUCCAAUGAUGUUUAUGUCGCAGUCAAGAUCCUCAACAAUGUGAAAGGAAAUGGAGAUGAGUUCAUCAAUGAAGUGCAAACAAUGGGUAGAAUCCACCAUAUCAAUGUGGUUCGCUUGGUGGGAUAUUGUGCUGACGGAUUUAGAAGAGCUUUGCUUUACGAGUUCUUACCAAACAAUUCACUAGAUAAAUUCAUAUCCUCUAAUCAAGAGAAGCAUUCACUUGGUUGGGAGAAAUUGCAUGACAUUGCUCUUGGCAUAUCUAAAGGAAUUGAAUAUCUUCAUCUCGGGUGUGAUCAACGAAUCCUGCACUUCGAUAUUAAGCCUCAGAAUGUCUUGUUGGACAACAAGUUUAACCCAAAGAUCUCUGAUUUUGGUCUUGCAAAAUUGUGUUCAAAGGAACAAAGUGUUGUAUCUAUGACUGCCGCUAGAGGGACUGUGGGCUACAUUGCACCCGAAGUGUUCUCCAGGAACUUUGGGAACGUCUCAUACAAAUCAGAUGUUUAUAGUUUUGGAAUGUUGUUGAUAGAUAUGGUUGGAGGGAGGGAAAAUACGAUAACACAGAACACAAGUGAGUGUUACUUUCCAGAAUGGAUAUACAAACGUUUGGAUCAAGGAGAAGAUCUAGGAAUUCAAAUUAAGGCAGUUGGGGAUGCAAAAAUUAUAAAGAAACUAAUAAUUGUGGGACUUUGGUGUAUACAAUGGUACCCAGUGGACCGACCAUCGAUGAAAGUUGUGGUGCAAAUGUUGGAAGGAAAUGAAGACACUCUGUCAGUUCCUUCCAGUCCAUUUGCCUCCACAAAUCCAAUGCCAAAAAAGGCAACAAUGGACGGGAGAACUUUCAAUAGCGACUUAGAAUUAGUUUCUGAAUCUGAAUGAGAGAAUGAAUUAUUGGUAUUUUUCAAGAUUUUUUUGACUAUAUAAUAGGAAUUAAUCUCAUUGUUCUUACCAAUGAGUGUAGAAUUAAUUGUUUAUCAAUGUAUUACUAUAUCCAUUCAAUACUACAUCUUGUGCAUGUCCUUUGUAUUGAUAGUCCUCUUGUAAUGGUGUGCUCUAUUAGGUUUUUGUUCUUGGCAAUCCCGUUUGACAAAACUCUUUUCAGUUGUAA